CACCCGGAAGAGACGUGGCACAGAAGAGUGGGAUAGGGUGGAAAAAACUGUGUAAUAAUAGAAAGAGAAAUCUGGAAACACGAGUGGAAAGUAGUAAAUGAAAGCUGCCUGCGAGGAGAAGUGCAUUGCUGGGGUUUAACAAUAUCGCGGAGGCCGCUGUUUGUUAAUAGAACUAGACAGGUGUUCCUGUCACCAUGGGGCUGUGCAAAUGUCCCAAGAGGAAAGUGACCAAUUUAUUCUGCUUUGAGCACCGUGUUAAUGUUUGUGAACACUGCCUGGUGGCCAACCACGCUAAGUGCAUUGUCCAGUCAUACCUCCAGUGGCUUCAGGACAGUGAUUACAACCCAAACUGUCGCCUGUGUAACACACUUCUCUCCUCCAAGGAAACUGCACGUCUAGUUUGUUACGAUUUAUUUCACUGGUCCUGCCUAAAUGACCUGGCAACGCAACAGCCUCCAAAUACAGCACCUGCCGGUUACCGUUGUCCAAGCUGCCAGGGACCUGUUUUUCCCCCUAACAAUUUAGUUAGCCCAGUGGCUGCAACCCUUCGAGAGAAGCUCUCUACUGUCAACUGGGCCAGGGCUGGCCUUGGUCUUCCUUUGAUUGAAGUAGCAGAGCCUGUAGAUGAUACAAUGUCACACGAUGAAACCGAUUACAGGGACUGGUCGGUUGUUAAUUCAUCCAGUGAUAACUUGUCAGAAACCCCAGAAACAACAUCGCAGACUGGCUAUACAUACAACUCUGUGGCCCCUGGUGCUGUACAACAGAGUUUGAAUGGAAACAUGUCACAGGACCACGCUGUUACUAUCAGGGACACCGGAUCUGAAAGCGUUCCCUUUAAUGCAGCAUCCAGUCCCCGGAAAGUGUAUGACACGCGAGAGAAUGCCAGAGGCCAAGAUGCUGUGAUUGACUUCGAUGAUGAUAAGUACAGAAGGAGACCUACGCUCAACUGGCUGGCAAGGAUACUCCGGAACCGAUCUGGUUCAAAGUCCCGGCCAGCCUCCAGCAUGCAGCGCUUUCUGGUUAUUCUGAUUAUUGGUGUCCUUGGGUUCCUAACCUUAAUUCUACUUAUGUCUAAACUUGGCAGAGCUUCAGCUGAUAAUGACCCAAAUCUUGAUCCUCUCUUGAACCCUCAUAUUCACGUUGGUAAGGAGUAGUCGGACACCCCAAAACAAAGUGAAAACAGCAAAGUCAAAAUCAGCCCCAUUCCAUAUAGAUAAAUAAAAGGUCUUGACAAUAUGACAUUGCCAGGUGGAAAAGGAAGGUGUCUAAAAGAUCUGAGUCACCUUCCCCAGAAGAAAAUCUUCAGCCUUCAGGUUGGAACAUAACAGUGGCUGUAGAUUUCGCUUCUACAAAGGACUUUGGAAACCUUUAUUAAUCACCAAAAUAAAUAAAAGCCCUGUUAACAACAACACAUCAUUGGCUUUUAGAAGAAAACAGAUAUAAGAAAGAUGGCGGAUGUCUUUAUUCUACAGAGGCCACAACACCUAUGUGUCGCUUAACAUUAGAGGUUCAGAGCUGAAGAGUGUUAUAUAUAAGACUUGAGCACAUUCUUAAUCCAUUAGUUAAAAAGGCUUAUCUGUAUAUUUGAACUAUUAGAGCUGCAAAGAAAUACUCUAUGGUUAUUUUUCAAAUCAAACCAAAAUUAAAAGUAUCAGAACUAA